AGCUCUCUGGUCUCCCGCCUUCAUCCCUCAGCCGCAGACGUCAGUGGAACCUUUCAAUCUGCUGUGACAUUCAGGUUAAUCUGAUUAUGAAGCUUUCCCCUGAGACUUCUCUUUGUCAAUGACGGCCAUGAUGGAGACUCCUUUCUACCACGACGACUCCCCCGCCGUCCCCAGCUUCAGCCAGGUUGCAGAGUACGAGCGUUACCCAGGAAGUAAGAUGCUGAUGAGUAAGAAGGCCAUGUCCAUGGCUGGAAGCCACCACUUCCUGAGUGGGGGCAGUAACGCAGCAGUGGGAAGGAGUGGGAACCACAACAACCUGGUGCUCACCGGUAACGGCGCCUUGAUGACAUCAACCUCGUCAUCUACGCCGUCGUCUGCAGAUAUGAACCUGCUAAAGCUGGCGUCCCCCGACCUGGAGCAUCUCAUCAUCCAGUCUAACCAGGGACUGGUCACCACGAGCCCGGUGUCCAACUCCAGCAACCCUUUCCUCUACCGCAACCAGGCCACCAACGAGCAAGAGGGGUUCGCAGACGGCUUCGUUAAAGCCCUGGCGGACCUUCACAAACAGAACCAGUUGGUGGGAGGUGGACACAUGUCCCCGUCCUCGUCCUCCACCGUCUCCCUGCAGGCGUCCUACCAGAGGAAUCUGAUGUCCGGAGGAGACAUGCCGGUCUACACCAACCUGAGCAGCUACAACCCCGGCCAGAUUCCUUACCCCAGCGGGCAGAUGGCGUAUGGUGGAGGUUCAGGGCAUGGUGGCGGUGGCCCCCCCACCCACGCCCGAGGUCUAGACGCCCCUCAGAUUGUCCCGGAGGUGCCCCACCCGCCGGGCGACCCCACCUCCCCGCCUUCCCUCUCCCCCAUCGACUUGGAGACGCAGGAGCGCAUCAAGGCGGAACGCAAGAAACUCCGAAACCGCAUCGCCGCGUCCAAGUGCCGGAAGCGGAAGCUGGAGCGAAUUUCGCGGCUCGAGGAGAAGGUGAAGGUGCUGAAGAGUCAGAACUCGGACCUGGCCUCCACCGCUGCAAUGCUGCGGCAGCAGGUCGCUCAGCUCAAACAGAAGGUCAUGAGUCACGUGACCAACGGCUGCCAGAUCGCUGUGGCGUCCGGAGCGGCCUCCAAAUCUGGGGGAGGAACCGGCAGUGAGGACUCCAGCUGCUGAGGAGGUUCACCAGGAGGAGGUCAAUGAUUGGAUGAGAAGCCGAAAGGCCAAAGGUUUUCUACAACUAUGGCAUUUUGCCCAGAUUGUUAGAACAAGCACUGGGCGGGACUCUUGGUGUUGAGAAACCUGGAUCUUACUGGGAUUAACAGCCCGACAGUUCAGAUGAGCCAACCUUCCAGUCCAAGUAGGACAAAGGGAAAGCAACAAAUGGAGCAGGAUGGAUUAAUCUCUUUAAAUCCUUCCAAUUUGGGAUUCUGACACUGAAAUAUUAAAGGCAAGACCAGCAUUUCUGACACAUCUUUAACCAUCUGGUGGGAUUUGCUCACAGCCAGAUUCCCAACGUUUUUUAAUUUCAGCUCGUUGUUUCCCUCAGAUGUCGCCUGAGAAUCAUGACUGACGAUAAGUGGAAAUAAUUCUUGUCAUCCUUCAUAAAAAGAAAACACUCAAACAUUUCAAAGAAAUAAACUCUAUGAAACACAAUUAAUAUGAAGACUUUUACAGUGUGAGUCAAAGACAGUUUUCCAAAAUAGAAAACAAAAACAAACUUUGAAAAAUGUUUUCCUGCUUCAAUAGAUUGAAUCAUAAUUUUCUUGGAAUGAUUUACACUAAUUUGUGUCUCAAAGUUAAAAUGUAAACUUUUUUUUCCAAAUCCGCUCAUUCAUGCUAUUAUUACUGAACUAAUAUAUCUCUUCACAGCAGCUCUCUGUAGGAAAGUGCUGUGUUUUUCCUUCAAUUUCAGUUUUGCAAGCACACGUUUUUUUUAUUUUGUUUUUAUAAUGAAACUGGUAAAAAAAAAGAAACAGUUUUCAAGAUCCAGCACCAAUUUUUGACUUGUCUGCACUGGAACACACUAUUUCAAUCGAUGAAGACGAAUGAGUUACAUUUAUUAUAAACGGCAACAAUUUCGUAUCUUUUUUUGACAUCUGUAUAAAGAAGUUUCACAUAACAUCCAAGUUUUCGUGGGAUAACAUGUUUUUUUUAUCAUCUUUUCUACAAUAUAAAAAAUAUUCAUUCAUGUAAAUGUAUUCAUCGGGUGUAGCUAUUCAUGUUUUAUGGAUGAGCAGCUCUGACAAAAGCAGGUAAAUUUUAACAUUUACAGUAAUUUGCCAUUUUGUCAGUCUGACCUUUUUAUCCUUGUCAUAUAUUUUACCCAGAAAUGUAUUUUGGUCUGAAUUAUAAACAUAAUGCUGGUUGUGACAAGAAGAAAAAUAUUUUCUUAGAUUUUUCUUUCAAACUAAACCUGUAUUUGGAGACUUGUUUUUAUCCUUUAGGAGGGCAACAGGUAAUUACAAUAUAGAUUGCUAAAUUUAUUUUUCCUAUUCUUUUUUUUUACAGUGCAAAAUGAAAAGAUAUGGAAAAUCAAUUUCUAGUCCAGGUAAAGUGCGGGAUGUGAGGCAGCAUGCUUUUAGGGUGUUGUUAUUAAUGCAGAUUCAUGUAGAUAUGAUGCACUGAGUCCAUUUAUAAGAGAGUAUGGUUCUCUGAGGAUGUUGUAAAUGUCUUUUGAAUCACAGUUAAGCUGUUUUAAGACAUUUCUGAGAUUUAAGGGAUCUUUUUGACGUUCCUAUGAGUCUCUUUACAAUUUUCAGUGAAUUCCUGAAGUUUCAUGCAGUUUUAUGGUGGUUUGAUGUGUAUGCCAGUUUUUUAACGGGCUCUUUCAAGUGUCUCUGAUAUAUUUUGGAAUUGCUGUAAUGAAAUUUAGGACACUAAACUUAAGGACAUUGAUUAAAGGUUCUUUCAACCACUUAUUUCCUAAUGAGACUUUAGAUUCAGUGUGCUGAAUCUUAGCAGUCAUUACCCACAAUAGAAAGAAGAAUAGAAGAGAUUCUCAGGUGGAAAAGGUUCUCAAUGAUGAGUUGACCUAACC